CGGUGGCUUGCACCUCGGUUUAAGGGUGGGAGGGCGCGUGCGACGGCUCGUCCCCACGGGCCGCGGAGGUGCGGUCGGCUACGGUGGGAGGUGCGCGCGGCUUCACAGCUACAUCAGCCCGGUCUUAGCGGGCGGCUGGCCAACUCCCGAACCCCUGGUUUUAGCCUGGGCCCAUCUUCUCCUUGUCCCAAGUCCCCAAGCAUGUUGGAAGUAGAAAGAAUCAAAAGGCUCCCCAAGAGGCACGUGCCCUCAGGAUCUGUCUCCCCCAUGACCAGACCCCAGAGCUCAGCUGCUGCAGAGACUUCACCUGGCUCCAAGUUCAACACCAGAGCUACCAGUACUUCUUGUCGACACGGGAGGGGUGCCUGGGAGGACCUGCCAGAGACUGAGAUCAAAGUUGAGUUUGUAGACAUAGAGGAAAAGGCCAGCAGUGGCCACAGGAAGAGCAGAUCCUCUGGCUCCCAAAAGGGGAGUGACAGGGAUCUGCCCCUGCAAAGGAAGAGACCCCGCCCCCUCCCUAGCAACUCUUCUGUCCCCUCAUCUGACCAAGUUUUCCUGGAGGAGCAGGAGGAAGGUGCCCUGAGCCUACAUGUCUGUAGCAAGAAGAGAAGAGCCUGCUCCCCGGGGAAGCCUGGUUUUUACUCAGCUGCCUCCCGUGCAAAGAGCCAGGCCAGCCCAGGGCAGAAUAAGCCAAAGGGAGACACUCAACCCCGUGGCCUGAAAUCUGUGCUUGGACAGGAGCCCUCUGUCCAGCCUGAGAAGAAGGUGUCCAGGCAGAAGGCACGUGGACGGAGAAAGGUGGGGCGGCUGGCAGGAAGGAAGUCAAGAGACCCAGUGCUCCUCUCUGGCCCGGCCCCUUCCACCCCAGUGCUGGUGCAGGCAACCAAUCCGGCCCGGUCAGAGGUGGGCCAUCCUAGCGAGAACGAGGAGACAAGGCAAGCUGACAUACUCAUAGCCUGUCUGGACAGAGAGGUGCGACGCCUCAAGAAGUGGAAGAAGAGGUGUUUACUUCCUCAUGUGGGGGAGAAGUCAUCCCUGCUGAGCUCCCAGAAGCCGCCCAGCCUGAAGAAGCUGGUCAGAACUAUAAAAGAGACCGAGGGCUGGGCUUCUCGAGGGCGUUCCCCAGGCCCUCAGGACACCACAGGUCAGAAGCCUGCGCUGGAUGUCAGACGGUUCUUCACCACUGACUGUAAGAACAUGUGCCAUGUCACCUGCAGUCUGUGUCACACUUGCAUUAAACAUGGGCUGGAGCGGGAAAGAAGGCCAGUUGUAGCCAUCCCAGGCAGGGAAGGGGCAGGGGCCGUGGAGAAGCAGAAGGGCCUGCCCGCAGGUGCCUCCAGCCUUGUCCAGGAGGGCAUCUCAUCCUCAGGACACUGCCCAGGUGGCUCACCCUCAAAAGACAAUGACAGGCAGUUGUCCACAGGGAGGCACGAGCAGUUGUUACUGGCUCCACCACCCCUGCCUGCUCCCAUCAAAGACGAACCUGUUGCUUCCCCAGUGGCCGUCGCGGGGGACCAAGAGGGUCCAUGUGCUCCCAGCCAGUCCAGCUCCCAGGCCUGGAACCGGAGCAUUGCGGAGUUACUUUGCAGCUUGGCAUUGCCACUCUCCUUCCUUUCGUCCCAGCCCUUCAGAAGGUUUAUGGCCCAGGUCGACCCUGGCUACCGUCUGCCGUCUCCAGCGUUCUUCUCCGAUGAAGCGUUGCCUCUGCUCCACGCGGUGAUGGGCGAGCAGGUGCGUCGGGAGAUGCAACAGGCUGAGGGCAGCCGCAUCCAUCUCACCGUGUCCGUGGCGGCCCAGGAGGCGGUCAUGGAGGACUAUGUGGCCGUCACUGCCCACUGGGGCGUGAUACAGCCUGGUAGCCGGCAGGCGGUGUCAGGGAGCCCGAGAAAGCAAGCAGUGCUCUGGGUCCGCGGCCUGCCCCUGGAGAGCAGUGCGGAGGACAGGCGGCGGGAGCUGCGGGAGCAGGUCAGCCUGCGGCUGCACUGCGGCUCCUUGCGACCAGGCUUCCUGGUAUCGAGUGGCUGCCCCAGCCUGGAGCCCGCAGUGACAGUGGAGGGCUAUACCCACAUCCCUUGCUUUGCCCACUGCCUCAACUCCGUGGUGAGAAACUUUCUGUGUCGCCAUCACAGUGUCCAGAUCAUCCUGAGCACAGCCAGGGCCGUCUGCAGUCACUUCCAGGGCUCUGCAGAGGCCCGGCGGCUCCUCGUGCAGCUGCAGCAGCAGUGUGGCCUCCCAGCCCAUCAGCCCUUCUGGGAGCUCUCAGACGACUGGAUCUCUGCCUACCAGCUGAUGGAGUGGCUGGUGGAGCAGCAGCAGGCGCUGCGGGAGUACGAGGAGAAGCACCAGUUGGGGAAGGCCGGGAUGGCCCUGUCGGCCGUGUUUUGGAGCCUCGCAGACAGCCUGGUCAUGCUCCUGCGGCCCUUCCGAAUGGUGGUCCAGGAGGCAAGCACGCCGCAGGCUUCCUUAAGCCAGGUGCUGCCGCAGCUGCGCUACCUGCACAUCUUUAUGGAGCAAGUUCACGCGCGCUUUGAGGAGCAGAGUGGCGGGGAGGUGGGUGCGGCCGUCCGGCUGGCCAGCGGCCUAGCCCUGCAGCUCUCCACAGACUGCCAGCUCAACGAACUCUUCCACCGCGAGGAGUUCGUGCUGGCGACUCUGCUGGACCCCCGCUUCAAGGGCCAGCUCGAGGCCAUCCUGCCUGUGGGCGCCGACAUUGACCACUGGAAGCAAGUUCUUGUUUACAAGGUGAAGGAGAUUAUGGUGUCCGAAUACUCCUUGCCUCCCGCACCCUUCCUGCAGAGCCCCAGGGCUCUGAGUGUGGAUGCCACCUGUAGUGGCAGAAUCGCCAAGGGCCCUGGGGCUGAGGGGCGGGGCCAGGAGGACCCUGUGCAGCGAAGCAGCAACACUGCGUGUUCGCUGCUAGGCCAGAGGGAGAAGAGCUUGGCGGAGCAGCUGGAGAGUGUAGGGCUGCUGGCGUCCCAGAGGAGCGGAGCCUCGCUCUCUACCGAGAACCACCUGGCCACAGUCAUUGUCAAGAAGUACCUGCGUGAAAACAAGACAGUUGGCGCGCAGGAGGACCCCCUGGCUUACUGGGAGAAGAGGCGGGAAGUCUGGCCAGCCCUGGCACGACUGGCCACCAUCUAUCUAUCCUGUCCUGCUACCAGUGCCUUCUCGGGGAGUGUCUUCGCUUCCUUGGAUAGCCCCACCAUCGUGGAGAACAGCUCCCCUCUCCCAGUGGAAACAGUUGAGCAUCUCCUCUUCCUGAAGACCAACCUGGAGAAUUUCCCCAACUAUACCCCCUCUCCUCUCCUCCUCCCCAGUGGAGACGUGGUCAAGGAGGAGCAGGCCAGGGAGUCUGGCCCCACAGGCUGAUGCCCUCACUGGCUGCCUGGGGGAGCUCUGCACAGGUGGAAGGAGAGAGCACAGUGCGGCCCAUAGAGGGGCAGAUGGGGCGGCCAGAAUCUUACCCCUUUUGGGGAAGAAUGGGGACAGUUUCUCAGCUCUUACAGACUGCCUGUUUGUUUUCAGGGAGGUGGCAUUUUCCAUCUACCCAUUGCUUAAUUUAUUUUUUAAAAUAUUUUUUAAGUUUAUUUUUAAUUGAUUUUAGAGAGAGAGAGAAACAUUGAUUUGUUGUUCUACUUAUUCAUGCAUCCAUUGGUUGAUUCUUGCGUGUGUCCUAACUGGGCAUCAGACUUAUAACUUUGGUAUAAUGGGACAAUGCUCUUAAAAACUGAGGUGCCCAGCCAGGGCUGUUUACUUUAUCUCUAGCACUAUGUGCAUAGAUAAGGUUUAGUUUGCUCAUAGGAGACUGUGAGUUGUACUAUACAAUUUUAUAAGCGAUAGUGUUUUUGAAAUGGUGGGUAAUAAGGGUCCUACAUGCAGCUUGUCCCUGUGUGUCAAGGCAUUCAUGCCCUUAAAGGCCUGCUUUCUCCUGGGACAAGGACAAGGGGAUACGUUGGUGCCGGCAUAUGUACUUAGUAAGAGGUGUGUGUCUAGGUCUAGGUCUCAGCCACCUAGAACCUGGGUGAGCUAUGAAAGCUCUUUCUGAAAUUGCUUUCACUGUAGAAAGAAACUAAGGUCGAGGAGCCAUUUGAAGAGGGAGGCAUAUGCACAUGCGCACAGGUACACGGUCUUAGGGUCUGUAGUUCCCUGGGGAUCCCUGGGACCCUAGUGGCUGGAGAAUUCUUGUUUGAUAGGAUUGCCCAGCUAGCGAGGGAGAGUGAUGCUGAGAUACUCAGUCUCCACACUGUUCUUCAACUUCGUUCCCGGACUGCUGGAAACCUGGGGUUCCUUCCUUUCCAUGGUGGCAGCAGUCUCAGAAAGCUCCCACGCUCACCCAGGCUCCCGCUGGCCGAGCAGGUGUUCCACCUUAAGCGCCCACACCUCCCCUUCCCCUGGCCGCUUUUAAAGGACGGACCUCCGCCUGCAAGUGAGAGGGGCUGUGUAUCGGACUGACUAGUAACUGAUGGCCAGAGUUCCCGGGGCCCAGGGACUGGCGGCUUCAGGUGGGAGAAGGCGUGUCACACCCCGCAGGACCUGGGUCUGGCCUCCUGAGGUGCUGGGGCCCCGGGGCACGUGGCUCUGAGAGGGACGGUAGGUGGAGGCGGGUGAGGCACUCAAGGCCUGACUUGCACUUUGGCCGUUGGGGUGAACCUGGAGGCCGGCCCACCUCCCCUGGACGGUUGUCAGUCAUGUGUCACUGAGACUGAUUCACUACAGGACGUUCGGAAGUUAAUGAGAAUG